UCUACUUACUAGCUCUUUCCAGUGCUUUCAUCUCAUGUUGAUCUUCACCUGCCUUCAUCUUCAUGAGAUGUAGUUGAAAGCUCUGAGCUAAGAGAGAGUUAAGAUUAUUUCCAGGGACAAGAACGAACCCUCAUGCACAAAAAAAGUGAAAAUGAUGCAUUUAAUUUAUGUAAUAUUUUGCAUUAAUCAAACACCAGAUCAAAUGUUUCUGCAUCCUCUAAUUUGGUUUGCACGCUGUAUAUUGUAUUCUAACAGUAAGUGCAUGAUAUUUAGUCAUGUGUAAUUACAAACUCCUGAAUAUUUAACAAAUUGUCUUCAAUGUUUUUGACCCUGAUGACGAUAAAGACGCAGACUGAUGUGUGUCCUGUUUUAUUCAGUGUAACACAGGAAAUGAGGACAGUCGUCUAGAAAGAGCAGCAGAGAGAGAAGUAGAGCUGCUGUGGAGGUGAAAGCACAAACAUGACAGAUAUGAAAAACCCGGUGAGAGCUCUGCUGGUCGUCGGUCUGCUAUUGACAGGUGUGAGGUGCAAAAAAGAUGCACUGUUUGUGUACAGCAGGCUUGGAGGUGACGCCCUCCUGCCUUGUACCAACCUGGUUUCCCCGGACUGCUCCUUUAUCUCCUGGACCUUCUACAAGGGCGGACAGGUGCAAUACACCACAGAGGUCAGCCGAGGGCAGGUGAGCGAAGACUCAGACAAAGCCAACCGCAUGUCCGUCACAUCCAACUGCUCUCUCAGCUUCCGUGACCUGAAGGUCAACGACGCCGGCUCCUACGUCUGCCUGCAGCGUGACAAAUCCGUCAUUAACGUUUACCUGUCUCUCGUCACCAUCACCACGUUUUCCUCCAUCGCUGACCUGCAGCCUGGAGGAAACCUCACCCUGAACUGCAUCCUGUUCACUUACUAUGAUGCUGGGAGCUGCAAGUCAUACUCCAGCAACGUGUUCAACCUCAGCUGGGUGUCUGAGGAUGGAUCUCAGCUGACCAAAGACAGCAGGUUGACUGGCUACUCUCGCUGCAACAUCACUCUGGUCACCAAACUCCAGAAGGAAGACAACAACAGGAAGUGGAGGUGUCAGGUGAGCACCACAGAAAGCAGCAGGGCAGCGUUUGUGGACUUCACAUCCUCCUUUUUAUUCCAGAUUCCUCCAACUGCCCAGAUUCAGAGUCCUGAGUCUGGGCAUGCGGAGUGUUCGGUCCAUCUGCCCGUCAGCCGCAUCGUGCUGUGUGUGGCUCUGCCGGUCAUGGUGCUCAUAGUUGGAUUCUUCACAUGGAGAGGAGACCGCAAGAGAGCCAAAACAUCUGCAGCUGGUAUUGAGCUCCAGGAAUUCAGCUGACCGCAGUUCUAUAUGUUGUUGUUUUGCCUUUAAGCAGGAUUUUGCUGCUUUUUCUGCUCUGCAGCAGCAGUUUCAGACC